AUGUCCAGGGCUAACUCCAGCAGUCCCAGCUGUCAGCCAGGAUCCCGAUCCCUGUCCUCCUCGGCCCCCUGCCUGCUGUCCCUGGAGGAAGAGGCCUGGAGUCCUAACCCUACCACCAGCUAUGAGGAGUUUGAUGAUGUAGAAGACAAGACCAGUUACAAGGCCAUGCUGACGCGGGACGAGAGGCGCUUUAAGAAGGCCAACCAGGAUGGAAACCUCAUCGCUACCAAGGAGGAGUUCACAGCCUUCCUGCAUCCUGAGGAGUUUGACUACAUGAAGGAAGUUGUGGUUCAGACCGUGGUAAUGCCAUCUACAGCUCACGUCAGAAAGGCGUGCUGUGGAAUGAGCCCUGCCCCUCCCCCGUGCAGGAAGAUCGUGGACCGCAUCGACGGCGACAAGGACGGCUUCAUCACCCACGUCGAGCUGCACAGCUGGAUCAGGCACCGGCAGCAGCGCUACAUCGACGAGAACGUCAUGAAGCACUGGAAAGAGUACGACCUCAACAGGGACGACUACAUCUCCUGGGAUGAGUACAAGAACACCACCUACGGGUACUACCUGGACAAGAACUGGGAAACUGUGGAGGACAUUGAUAAGAAUGGAGACGGCCUGAUUAACGUGAAUGAGUACAUAGGCGACAUGUUCACUCCUGAUGAGGGGGAGGCGGAGCCUGACUGGGUGCAGAAGGAGCGGCAGCAGUUCAGUGAAUUCAGAGACUUGAACAAGGACGGGUCUCUGGACACCAGUGAAGUGGCUCACUGGAUCCUGCCAGGAGAAGUGGACCACGCUGACACCGAAGCCAAACACCUCAUCUAUGAGACGGAUAAAGACAAGGACGAAAAGCUCACUAAGGAGGAGAUCCUGGCCAAUUGGAACAUGUUUGUGGGGAGCCAGGCAACCAACUACGGCGAGGACCUCACCAAGAAGCACGAUGAGCUCUAAACAUGUCAUUGCUGGUGGCAGCACCUCACGAUGAUGUCACCGCAGAGGGGAACGGGGCCUAACUGUGGGUGGUGGGGUUAGGGGUGUGGGCAGGAAAAGGUAAAAAUAUUUGACCUUUUCUGGUCUAGAUUUUAUUUAUAUUUUCAGUGUACAUGCAAACCCACUGUUUACAUUUUUAUUACUUUUAAACGAACAGCCUUAAGGAAUGGCAGGCUGCCUGUCUGCCUCCCCGACAGCAUUGCUAAAGAGAGCGUGUCGGUGGGCGCGCUGCUGUAGACACACGGGUCUACACGCCAGGACAGGUGUGCACCGGGGGGCUGCUCAGCUGGGGAGCUCAGACUGUUACUGUGAUUGAAGCUCUUGUCUGGCCCCAGUCAAAAAUCUGCCAGCCUCCUUCUGCGUCCAGUUAAAAAUAAUGUACUAAAUUGGAAAAAUGUCCCUGCUGAGCACCGGCAGGGGCGAAAACAGCUCCUCGCAACUCAAACUCCUGUGUGUCCGUGCGUUGGCAGGCGCCAGCGCCGCCCCCUGCCUGCAGGGCGGGUGUCCAGUGCUGUCGUCCCUCAGUGAGAAACUGUCCUCUUACAGCUUCCUCCCAGCUGCAGGGGCCGGGCUGAGUAACCCAGUGAUCUCACGGUCUGCCACUGGCCAUCACAGACAGAUCUAUUUAUGUGCAUCACAUAAACCAGCUCAUAACUGUGCUUCAGCUACACGGAGACCACACUCCCUCAGUAAGGCAGGUCCGAAUAAAGUGGCCGCACACGCAGCGAGAGCAACUGCCAGUUUACUGCAGUUUCUGUGCUCUGUACACCAGAUACUGUGGUUUUCAACUAAUAAAGUUUUUUU